AUGGCUCGAUCGUCAUCAAUUAGUCUACACGUUCGUUCUCCACUCUUGAUAGAGUUGUGCGAAAUAGCCACCUCAGGCGAACACCGUUCGCCGAUCGGACCCGACCCGAUCUCCCAACCCGAGAAUCAGACUAGCUCCUACAGCCGCGGCGCAUCGGCCAGCUCCGGCCGCGGCGCGUCGGCCAGCUCCGGCCGCAGCUCGUCACCGCCUAGAUCUGCCGCCACCGUCAACAACCACCCGUCGCCGUCCUUCCCUCUCUCCGGUGACAACAGUCACCGUCGACAACAACCCGCACCGCCUUCGUCGUCAACACCCAACCCCCGAACGGCAGUCAUCAUAGUCGGUCAGCCGUCGCCGUCUCUCCAUCACAGGAGCUCCCCGGAGCCCGAUCUACGUUGGGUUUUGGUUUCCUGCUCCACCGCAGGCGAACACCGUUCGCCGACCGGACCCGAACCGAUCUCCCAACCCGAGAAUCCGACCAGAUCCUACAGCCGCGGCGUAUCGGCCAGCUCCGGCCGCAGCUCGUCACCGCCUAGAUCUGCCGCCACCGUCAACAACCACGCGUCGCCGUCCUUCCCUCCCUCCGGUGACAACAGUCACCGUCGACAACAACCCGCACCGCCUCCGCCGUCAACACCCAACCCCCGAACAGUAGUCAUCAUAGCCGGUCAGCCGCCGCCGUUUCUCCGUCAUCGGAGCUCCCCGGAGCCCGAUCUGCGUUGGGUUUUGAUUUCCUGCUGUUUGUUGGUUGAUCUUGGUUUCGCUUAUUUCUUGGUUCGUCGUCGAUAG